UUCUUCGCAUGCGUUCUGCCUCGAGUAGCCGACUCACUCCUUCUACCCGUCGCAGCAUGAGUUCUGUUUUUGUGUGUUUCCCGAUGAACACGUCUAACCGUCGCUCGCUUCCAGCCUCCAGGGUAUCGAUGACCAGCCACCGUCGACCCGCGGGGAGGGUCUCCGUCGACAUGCGCUGCGUCAGUAGACCGACGGCCGUCGACAUGUGUACUACCAAGACUAAUAAUGUUCCACGCUAUGCUAACAUGUCCAAGCUCCAAGCAGGAUAUCUGUUUCCUGAGAUUGCCAGGAGAAGAACAGAUCAUUUGCUGAAGCAUCCAGAUGCCAAAAUUAUAAGCCUUGGCAUAGGUGACACUAGCGAGCCCAUUCCAGAUGCCAUCACCAAUGCCAUGGCAGAGAUUGCCAGGAGAAGAGCAGAUCAUUUGCUGAAGCAUCCAGAUGCCAAAAUUAUAAGCCUUGGCAUAGGUGACACUAGCGAGCCCAUUCCAGAUGCCAUCACCAAUGCCAUGGCAGAGAUUGCCAGGAGAAGAGCAGAUCAUUUGCUGAAGCAUCCAGAUGCCAAAAUUAUAAGCCUUGGCAUAGGUGACACUAGCGAGCCCAUUACAGAUGCCAUCACCAAUGCCAUGGCAGAGAUUGCCAGGAGAAGAGCAGAUCAUUUGCUGAAGCAUCCAGAUGCCAAAAUUAUAAGCCUUGGCAUAGGUGACACUAGCGAGCCCAUUCCAGAUGCCAUCACCAAUGCCAUGGCAGAGAGACCAGCACAUGCCUUGUCAACAAUUGAUGGCUACAACAGUUAUGGAGUUGAGCAAGGUGAAAAGAAACUCAGAGCAGCUAUUGCUGCAACCUACUAUGCGGACCUUGGUAUUGAAGAUUCAGACAUAUUUGUCUCUGAUGGUGCCAAAUGUAACAUAUCUCGCUUGCAGGUACUUUUUGGAUCUAAUGUGACAAUUUCGGUCCAAGAUCCAGCAUACCAUGCAUAUGUUGAUUCAAGUGUUAGCACGGGCCAAACUGGCUUAUAUCAGCAAGAUGUUCAGAAGUAUGGAAACGUCGAAUACAUGAGAUGCAGUCCAGAAAAUGGAUUUUUUCCUGACCUGUCAACUGUCCCCCGGACAGAUAUUAUCUUCUUUUGCUCACCCAACAAUCCUACAGUGUACAUAUCAGAUGACAGCCCAAAGUCCAUCUUUGAAAUUCCUGGAGCAAAGGAGGUUGCUAUUGAGACAGCUUCGUUCUCGAAGUAUGCUGGGUUCACUGGUGUCCGUCUAGGUUGGACUGUUGUCCCCAAGGAGCUCCUUUUCUCAGAUGGACAUCAAGUCGCUAAAGAUUUCAACCGCAUAGUUUGCACUUGCUUCAAUGGCGCAUCGAACAUUGCGGAAGCUGGUGGUUUAGCUUGCCUCUCUCCAGAGGGGCUGAAGGCUAUGCAUGGUGUUGUUGGCUUCUACAAGGAGAACACCGAAAUAAUCGCUGAGACAUUUACAUCGCUUGGGUUCAACGUGUACGGUGCCAAGAACGCUCCUUACGUGUGGGUGCACUUCCCUGGCCGCAGUUCGUGGGAUGUGUUCGCCGAGAUCCUGGAGAAGGCGGAUGUGGUCACUACUCCUGGCAGUGGAUUCGGACCGGGCGGCGAAGGCUUUGUGAGGGUCAGCGCGUUCGGGCACAGAGAGAACAUCAUCGAAGCCGCGAGGAGAUUAAAGCAGCUGUACAGGUGAGCACUGAUGCAGCUUCUGUGCCCCUCUUAUAAAGAAAGAUGGUAUCAAUAAGAACUCGACAGCAUUUGGGACACCAGACGUCCAGAAGUAGAGGUGAUGCAUGAUUUAAUUCGCUAAAAUUAAGUCAAAUCGCUUCUUCGUAUGUAAAUAAUAAUAGUACCCAGCGAAGGGCGGGUCUCGUAGAGUAGCAUGAGUUAUCAGAUAACGGAUUUGAAACGGUCUUUCUACAAUUAUGAAAAAGGUUUGCGUCGGUUUAUUAUCCUUA